GAGAAAGGAAGAGGAAGAAAUGUGUAACAUUCCCGAACCAUUUUGUUGUUAACACGUUUUAUAGCAUUGUCGACCGUGCGCUCGUCGGGGGACAAAUCCGUCGCACCUUCGAUCUGAACGGCACGUAGCAGUACCUACAACGCCAUCUUGCACUCUCUGGUGCAAAUGUUGGACACACAACGAGGCAAUCGCUGGCGCAAGCUGCGGGCAGCGACCGUGGCUAGCGUCAGUAGUUAGACGUGGCACAUCGUGGAUCGACGCAGGUCAUGGCGCAGUGGAAGCAGGAAGCAAUAUUGAACCUCAUUAACGCGUACCGCUCGCGAAGAUUCCUCUGGGAUCACACGACGUCCGAGUACAACGAUCGGAACAAAAGGUUCGAGGCAUGGAAGGAAAUCGCCGACGAGGUCGGCUUCGACGUGCUGACGGUGGAGAGAAAACUGAAGAGCCUGAAAACUCAUUUCAUGUCGGUUCACAAAGCGUACGCGAAGAGGCGGCUCAAGGCCGAUUUGAAUUCUGACAUCGCCGCCAAGCCCAAGUGGUUCGCUUACGAGGCCAUGACUUUUCUGAUUAAAGGACUCGCGCCGCGAGUUAACCGCGAGGCAGCAAACGCGAAGAAGCAGGUUUCUGUGCCUCUCCCUGAUUGGAAACCGCAGGAAAUUCCGUUAGGUCGUGACGAAUUCACGAUUUUUGCCGAGCACGUCGCCAUCCGGCUGAAAAACAUCACGGACGUGCGCGCGAGGCUGGUCGCGCAGCAUCAGAUAAACAACAUCCUGUUCGAGGCAGAGAUUGGAAAGUAUAACAUGCACACGUACAGUACGUCGAUGAUGGAGAACCUGGCCGAGCCCUCGACGUCCCACGAGGAGAAAAUGAUCAUUCCCGAAGCGGUCUAAUUUAACAUGCUGACUACCGACUACAUGUUACAUCUCUCUGAGCUGACGCGCGCGCUAGGAGAAUUUUCUAUUCCGCGUCGACUCAACUCGCACUUUUCCCUGCGAGAAUGAACUCUUAUCUCACAUAUGACAUUCGCUGAAUUACACAUGUAAUUUCUAAAAUGGCGAUUCCCGAGAGAAGAGCAGUGAGUGUGUUAAUCCGGGCUCCCUCGUGAGGGCGCAACAACCAUUCUCCGUCUCUUCCUCUCGGGUCUUCGUUAAGUUCGUGUAUGCCGAACGGUCCUCGGCUCGCGUCGCUCGUAUAUACUUCAUUCGGUUUUACAGCGCGAACGUUACGACGACAAUAAUUCCUCGUUACUUGUCGGUAUGAUUAUACGACGAAAGUUACGACGAAAGUCCGCGACGACUCGGUCCGCCAAAGGCCGAAGGAGCGUUUCGCGUGUUGGCUGAAUGCGCUCGGCCUGGCCAAUGGCUCUAUUUAUGUGCCUUACGUUUUGCCGGCGUGUCAUAUCCUUCCUCGUUACAACCGCGAAAGCCGCAUCAAAAGCCAGCUUUUGACGGGCGCAGCCAACAUGCUGACAACACGAAACGCUCGUCAGAAAUGUUUCGACGGCGACCAUGGCGGUGUGUGCCAUUUUCAGAUAUUUCAGACGCUCGCUUCGCUCGCGCUCGUUGUGUCGUCCGCUUUCGCGAAUGAGUGUGCGAAUUGAAGCGGAACGUCGGCGCAAAUUAACGACAAAUUCAAAAUUCAGCCGUCACCGUCAGACGUCACCGAUGAGGAAUUGCUGUACGCCGGAAAGAUGACCGCCGCGGCUGUCGCAGUGAGCGCUACGUUUUCAAAACGUAGACGCAGAUUUGGUGAGAUUACUAUUCGUGACGUCGGCAGCUUUGCAAUUCCUUUUCUGAUAAUCGUUCAGACCUUAAUCGUCGACUUGCGCGAUGAAUAAACACGUAGUUGGCCACGAGAAGUACCCGACGAAAGUAUGCUCUCGGUGUUGAAAUAUUUUUACCAACUGAUAUCUGCAUUGACUUUUUGACUGUAUUGACUUUUGUACCUUUUCGUUUUACCUCGAAACAAUGUGUGAUGGGAGUGAGCACUUUAUCGAAAGGCGUUUGCGUGACACAUGUGGCGGUGGUCUUUGACAAAGAACUGUUAUACCAAAAAAGCGUGUGAUUCUUAUAGGUCAGCUCUUCACACAUAUCUCUCUUUUAUUUUUUUUAAUGACAUUUUAACAACAUUUGUCCAUAUUUCAUUGAAUCAACUGCGACGAUUUGUCUGUGCGAUUGAUUGUGGGAAUCACAAUAAACUAAACUGAAGCACAUUAUGACGCAA